AUGUCGUUCUUCUUUCCCAGAAUAUCUUACGCCCCAGUGCGAUGCAGCCCAGUCACUCGACAGGAGUUUGCCCCUCUCUUCAGCCUCUUCGACGACACUUUGAACGAAAUCCAAAGAGCCAGCCGACAGUCGCGAAAGCAAUUCAAUCCUCGCUUUGAUGUGAAAGAGACCGACGACGCGUAUACACUCGAGGGUGAGCUUCCUGGCAUCGACCAGAAGGAUCUCAACAUCGAAUUCGUCGAUGAGCAUACCUUGACCAUCAAGGGCCGCACCGAGCGUCACGUUAAAUCCGGUCGCCCGACUUCAGCCAGCAUUGAAGGUGAAAAGAAUGCAGCACUGGAGGAGGCUCCUGCGUCGGAAACCAGCAGCGUCAAGUCGCAUCAACCCACCGUCGAAGAUGAAGAACCAGCCAACUCAUCUACCGCCCCGACAACCACAAAGGAGAGCAACGAAGUCGUAGCGCCGACGCCAGCACCCGCUGAACAAGAACAACCAAAACAGCAGUACUGGAUCUCUGAGCGUUCUGUCGGCGAGUUCACUCGCAGCUUCAGCUUCCCAGCUCGUGUCAACCAGGAGGCAGUCCGGGCUUCGCUUAAGAACGGCAUUCUCACCAUUGUCGUCCCUAAGGCACCGGCUCCGGAGAGCAGACGCAUUAACAUCGAAUAA